AUGUCUGAAGCUACCAUUAAGAAGUUGGAUAACGAUGAACAGUUAGGAUCUAGUGGAUCAGGAAAUACCCAGUUCACGUCUAAUUCGUCUACCGCACCUACCGGGGGAGAUGACGACGACGACGAAGAACCCACCAGCGGCGGAAAACAACAAAAGGAGAGAAGAAAGAUUGAAAUCAAAUUUAUUCAAGACAAGUCGAGGCGUCACAUUACAUUCUCCAAGAGAAAGGCUGGGAUUAUGAAGAAGGCAUACGAAUUGUCGGUAUUGACGGGAACGCAGGUUUUGUUGUUGGUUGUUAGUGAAACCGGUUUGGUGUAUACCUUCACCACUCCUAAAUUACAGCCUUUAGUCACCAAGUCUGAAGGUAAGAACUUGAUCCAGGCGUGCUUGAAUGCUCCAGAAGAAGGGUUGGGUGACGACCAAGGAGAUCAAUCCGAUGGUAACUCUCAAGAGCUGCCAGACCAAAGCCCAGUACCGCAACAAGGGCAACAACAGGCCCAACAACAGGCUGCCCAGGUCCACCAUGCGCAACAAGUCCAGGCCGCCACCGCUCAACAAAUGCCUCCAGGGGCCCAUAUACCUCAUGGCAUGCCCUACCCGGGAGCUGGACAUCCUCAGGCUGGUAUGCCUAUGCCUCCUCAGGGUUACAACGACCCAAAUGUAUACCAGCAAUAUUUUGCUAACAUGCAAAAUAGCAAUAUGCCAAACCAACAACAAUACCAAUAA